AAAGCCACUGCAAAAGCAACUAUCAAAACACAUCUAAAAUCUAAACACAUUACACAUUUCUAAUAUCCAUUCGUAGAACAUGAAAACGAUGGUUUAACAUCAGUCGUCCGGCCGAGAUUUUAGUUGAAGAGUACAGAAAUCUACAAUCAUAGCCGCCUUCCAACACUUCUCCGCCAUGUCCAUACCUUGCGAAUUAUACCCUUCAGAAGAAGAUCUUCUCUACGAAGAAGAAAUUCUCAGAAACCCUUUCAGUCUUCGUCUUUGGUGGCGUUACCUUAUCGCCAGAACUGCAUCUCCCUUCAAAAAAAGAGCAAUCAUCUACGAAAGAGCACUCAAAGCUUUACCUGGUAGCUACAAACUUUGGUAUGCUUAUCUUCGUGAACGUCUUGAACUUGUUCGUAAUCUUCCUAUUACACAUUCUCAAUAUGAAACCCUAAAUAAUACUUUUGAACGUGCUUUAGUUACUAUGCAUAAAAUGCCUAGAAUUUGGAUUAUGUAUUUACAAACCCUAACUCAGCAGAAAUUAGUUACUCGUACUCGUAGAACUUUCGAUCGUGCUCUUUGUGCUUUGCCUGUCACGCAGCAUGAUCGAAUUUGGGAACCCUAUUUGAUUUUUGUUAGUCAAAAGGGGAUUCCUAUUGAGACUUCACUUAGGGUUUAUAGGAGGUAUUUGAAGUAUGAUUCCUCACAUAUUGAGGAUUUUAUUGAGUUUUUGAUUGAUUCUGAGAGGUGGCAGGAAGCUGCUGAGAGAUUAGCUGGGGUUUUGAAUGAUGAUCAGUUUUUUAGUAUUAAACAGAAGACUAAACAUCGUCUUUGGCUUGAGUUGUGUGAUUUAUUGACUAAGCAUGCUACUGAGGUGUCUGGAUUGAAUGUGGAUGCUAUAAUUAGGGGUGGAAUUAGAAAGUUUACAGAUGAGGUGGGUCGGCUGUGGACGUCUUUGGCGGAUUAUUAUAUUAGGAGGAAGUUGCCUGAGAAGGCUAGGGAUGUGUUUGAAGAAGGCAUGAUGACGGUUGUGACCGUUAGAGAUUUUAGUGUUAUUUUUGAUGCAUACUCGCAGUUUGAGGAGAGUAUGUUGGCGUAUAAGAUGGAAAAUAUGGAUUUAAGUGAUGAGGAGGGAGAGAAUGUUGGAGAGGAUGACGAGGAUGAUGAGGAGGAUAUUAGGGGGGAUGUUGAGCUUUCUGCGGGGAAGUUUGAGAAGAGGAUUUUAAAGAAUUUUUGGUUGCAUGAUGAUAAUGAUGUGGAUUUGCGGCUGGCUAGAUUGGAGCAUUUGAUGGACAGACGACCCGAGCUUGCUAAUAGUGUGCUUCUUCGCCAAAAUCCACACAAUGUGGAGCAAUGGCAUCGGAGGGUAAAGCUCUUUGAAGGAAACCCAACUAGGCAGAUAUUGACUUAUACUGAGGCAGUGAGAACUGUGGAUCCAAUGAAGGCAGUAGGAAAACCUCACACAUUGUGGGUAGCUUUUGCUAAGCUUUAUGAAACUCAUAAAGAUCUUGGUAAUGCUAGGGUAAUUUUUGACAAAGCUGUGCAAGUGAAUUAUAAGGCAGUUGAUCAUCUUGCUAGCAUUUGGUGUGAAUGGGCUGAGAUGGAAUUGAGGCACAAGAACUUUAAAGGAGCACUGGAACUGAUGCGACGUGCCACGGCAGAGCCUUCCGUUGAAGUGAAGCGUCGAGUUGCUGCUGAUGGUCACGAGCCUGUUCAGAUGAAAUUGCACAAAUCAUUGAAAUUGUGGACAUUCUAUGUAGAUUUAGAGGAAAGCCUUGGUAAUUUAGAUUCCACCCGUGAUGUGUAUGAGAGAAUAUUGGAUCUAAGAAUUGCAACUCCUCAAAUUAUUAUAAACUAUGCAAUGCUUCUAGAGGAGCAUAAAUACUUUGAAGAUGCUUUUAGGGUUUAUGAAAGAGGUGUGAAGAUCUUUAAAUAUCCUCAUGUGAAGGAUAUAUGGGUAACAUAUUUAUCCAAGUUUGUGAAGAGGUAUGGGAAGACUAAACUGGAACGAGCAAGAGAACUUUUUGAAAAUGCCGUUGAAAAGGCUCCUGGGGACUGUGUAAAGCCUCUGUACCUGCAAUAUGCUAAGUUGGAGGAGGACUAUGGCUUAGCGAAGCGUGCAAUGAAUGUUUAUGACCAAGCUACUAAAGCUGUUCCUGCAAGUGAGAAGCUGAGCAUGUACGAGAUUUAUAUAGCUCGUGCAGCUGAAAUGUUUGGUGUGCCAAAAACCAGGAAUAUAUAUGAGGAAGCAAUUCAAUCUGGUCUUCCUGACAAAGAUGUGAAGACCAUGUGUAUGAAGUAUGCUGAACUUGAGAAGAGCCUUGGGGAGAUUGAUCGUGCUCGUGCAAUUUACUCAUAUGCUUCCCAGUUCUCAGAUCCGAGAACUUAUCCUGAUUUCUGGAAUCAAUGGCAUGAAUUUGAGGUCCAACAUGGAAAUGAAGACACUUUCAGAGAAAUGCUCCGCAUAAAAAGAAGUGUUGCUGCCAGUUACAGCCAGACUCAUUUCAUACUUCCUGAAUAUGCGAUGCAAAAAGAUGAAAAACAAAGCCUUGAUAAGACUGUUGGUGAAGAUGAAAUGGCAGCCCUUGAGAGGAAGUUGGCUCCUGCAGAUAAUGGCGAUUCAGUCAAGGACAAAGCUAGGAUGGUUGGUUUCGUCAGUGCUGGGCAUGAAUCUCAAGGCAAUGAAUCUGCAAGAAAUGUAAAUCAGGAGGAGAUCGAGCUGCCGGAUGAGAGUGACAAUGAGGAAGAUGAGGAAGAUGAAAAGGUUGAAAUUGCUCAAAAGGAUGUGCCAAGUGCUGUUUUUGGCGGCUUGGCUAAAAAGCGGGACGAGCCUGAGAAAUUAGAAGAUGGGGAGGAGGCUAAAACAGCUGAUGCUCAUCUUGGUGCCCUUGAAAGAUUGAAACGAAGAAAGAAAGACUAAUAGACUUUCUUUUAACAUUUGUUAAACUAGUUAUAUUUGUAUCGAACCAACUUUGAUGGUUCAACGUUGUAAGCUCUUCCUUAUCAAUUAGGGAUCUUCUCGUCUUUUUGGUCCGUUAGUAGAUUUUUUUGUAAUUAACAAUUAUACCUAAGUCAAAAUAUGUUUGAACACAAUUUUGGUAUUAUAUUGUAUGGUUUGCUUUGUAGGUGAAAAUGAUUCAAAAAAAAUUGAGUCUUA